UCCGGGGGCAGAGGUGCUGGAAGCCGGGUGGUGCGUGGUACGUGGGCUACCCCAACUCGUGUGGCCGGGGCUCUGGUUCCCCGCGUCUGGGUCGCGCCCGGGUGCACGAGUGCGGGACUGUGUGCUGGGGGUGGCUCACCUGGCGGCGUGGGGGAGCGGCGCGGCGGCGGCGGCGGCGGCGAGAGCCGGGGCGCAGGUGCACUUAAAGAAUGGAUGAUGACGAUUUUGGUGGUUUUGAGGCUGCAGAGAUUUUUGAUGGUGGAAAUGGUGAAACCCAAACUACAUCUCCUGCCAUUCCUUGGGCUGCUUUUCCUACAGUAUCUGGAGUCCAUCUUUCUCCAGCCUCUCCUGAGAUUGUAUUGGACCAUGACCACACUUCUCCUUCUGUUGGCUGCCUCUCUUCUGAGCCCAUCAUUUCAUCACCAGAGAAUACACAUGCAGACAACAGCACUGUCAGUCAAACUUUUCCUAAAGCACAGAUUCAGCAAUCAACACACACUCAUCUGGAUAUCUCACUUUUUCCGUUGGGUUUAACUGAGGAGAAAAGUAAUGGAACAAUUGCUCUUGUGGAUGAUUCUGAGGCUCCUGGAGCCAAUGUAUCAAACAUACAGCUUCAGCAGAAAAUUUCAAGUCUGGAGAUGAAACUCAAAGUAUCUGAAGAAGAAAAACAGAGAAUUAAAAAGGAUGUGGAAUCAUUGAUGGAAAAACAUAGUGUCUUGGAAAAAGAUUUCCUUAAAGAAAAAGAGCAAGAGGCCAUUUCUUUUCAAGAUAGAUACAAAGAACUUCAGGAAAAACAUAAACAAGAAUUGGAAGACAUGAGGAAAGCUGGUCAUGAAGCCCUCAGCAUUAUUGUGGAUGAAUACAAGGCACUACUGCAGUCUUCAGUUAAGCAACAAGUAGAAGCUAUUGAAAAACAGUACAUUUCUGCAAUAGAGAAACAAGCACACAAGUGUGAGGAGUUAUUAAAUACUCAGCAUCAGAGGCUCCUUGAAAUGCUUGCCACAGAGAAGGAAGUGUUAAAAGAAAAAAUAAAGGAAGCUUUGACUCAGCAAUCUCAAGAACAGAAGGAAAUAUUGGAAAAAUGUUUGGAGGAAGAAAGGCAAAGAAAUAAAGAAGCAUUAGUAUCUGCUGCAAAGCUUGAGAAAGAAGCGAUGAAGGAUGCAGUUUUAAAAGCUAUAGAAGAAGAAAGAAAAAAUUUGGAAAAAGCCCAUGCAGAAGAAAGGGAGUUAUGGAAGACUGAACAUGCAAAAGAUCAAGAGAAAGUAUCUCAGGCAAUUGAAAGAGCUAUACAAGAGCAAAGAAAAAUUAAUCAGGAAACUGUUAAGGCAGCAAUAAUAGAAGAGCAAAAGCGAAGUGAAAAGGCUGUGGAAGAGGCAGUGAAGAGAACAAGAGAUGAAUUGAUAGAGUAUGUAAAGGAACAGAAAAGGGAGGAGCACAAUACCCAGACUGCCUCUCUUGUGAAGUCUACCUUAGGGCAUGGACUGGUGAGAAAGGCUUAUGUCUAAAGCAGAAUUCUUGAUUUCUACCACCCAUUCCCUGCCAGGUUUUCUCCUUCAGAAGUCUUUCUUAUCUCAGUAAAUGGCACAGUCACUCAAACCAAAAUCCUGGAAGUCAUCCUCUUUCCACAACUCACAUAGUCUUCCAACAAGACUGACAAACAUACUCCAAAAUAAUACUGAAUUCAUCAACUUUUUAUCACCUCUCCAUUGCAUCCUCUCUAGCCCAAGCUAAUAUCAUCUUUUGGCAGGUCAAAUAUGCCUUAGAAUAUCUCCUCCGUCUCCACUACUAUGUCAUAAGACCAGGCCACCAUCAUCUUUACCAGGACUACUUGCUUCCGUUCUUAUGCCCCCCUUCCCCACUGCAGUGUAUUGUCCAUCCAGCAUCUCGUGAUCUAUCUUCUCAAAGCAUAAAUCUGAUCAUCACGUUACCAAACUUGAAAUCUUCCAAAGUUUUCCUAAAGGCUAUCUCUUAGCCAUUUUAGCUAAAAUCACACCACACGUUCCUCCCAGGAGCUGCCAUGCCUUAUUUUCUCCUCCCUAGCACUUAUUUUUUUCCCCUAGCACUUAACAGUAACUGAAACGAUUUUACUGUUUUAAAUGGUGUUGUCUGUUUCCCCCAAAGAAUAAUGAUGCACUUUAAAAGAAAAAAAGCUGUAUGUUCCAAUACAUACCCCAGUGCCCGGUAUUUUGUAGGCAUUCAGUAAAUACUUGCUGAAUAAAUGAGAGUGGCAGUCACAGCCAGGACUAAGCCUGGGGUGAUUCCUCUUACUGAAAUAAUUGUUCUAUUCAGUAGGGUCUGAGAAAAACCUGUACUUAUUUUGUUAACUUUGUUUUAUGAAGAGCCCCUUCACUGUGUCCGCAUCUCAUAUGUCAAUUUUAUGUUGAAAAAAAAAAUGGUACUGUGGUCCCUUGCUGUCAUCUUACGCUGCUAUCAAUCUUCUAUCUCCACCUAACCAUGAGCAUUACUUGUCACUGGCAGAUGAACAUGAUUUUCAGCCAUGAGAAAAUAAUAAAAGGUUCUUAGUUCUAGGGAAUUCUAAGAUUUUU